GGAAGACAAAGGACUUCCGCUUAUCAACUGUUCCGUUUUCCCUCUGUGCUACUCAAGUUUGAAUAACUACUCAGAGAGCAGACAGCGCUCGGGCCAUUGCCAGUCCGCAAGUUCGACCUGCUCAACCCCCGUCGCAAGGCUUUGGAAAAGCCGAAAACUCCCUCUUUCAGACUACGGCAUCAUCAACCUCACGCGCUCAAUGAUCAUAUCUUCAUGAUCGCGAAUUCCACAAAGCGAGCGACCAUCGCGGUCUGGACGCUGGCCGACAGUUACAGCUUCAUCGCGUUGUUCGCACGCCGCCAUUCUUCCGAAUCCUUGCGCAAUGGCAGCCGGAAUCCUAGGCGGCGGCAUUUCCACAGUUAUUUCGUGACACACCUACCAUCGUCGUCUCUGCAUCCAGAUUCGAGAGCGCCGUCUCCAUCCUUUCACAAACUUCCUCGUGCAGCUUCUACGCCUCAUACGGGGGAAAUAUCGCAGCCCCCCGCCGUACUACAGCCCUUGGCGGGACGAGAAACAACCGUUGUCCGAAUUCCGCUUCGCAGUGCUAAGCAUCACUUUGGGGCUUCUUUCUCCAGAGGAUCUCGUCCUUACAAUGAAGACACGUACCAGGCUGGCGUGAUUGAGAUCCCCGCAUUUGCGAAGCGAGUACCGCGAUCUUUAACAAUUCGGCGACGGAACGCACCUCUGAAUGAAACUCGAGGAGCGGAAAGUGCAAGCGGAGAUCCCCAGGUGUUCUACUUCGGGAUAUUUGAUGGCCAUGGUGGUUCUGAGUGCAGCGAAUUUCUGCGGGAUAGUCUGCACACAUAUAUUGAAGACACAGCGGCAGAUUUUGAGUUGCAGUCAAGUUUGAGGAGACGGGAUGACGCCGCUUCGUCUGAGUUACUGGGGGAGCAGUACGAAGAUGCACAAGACUCUGAUGCCGCACUGCCCAUUAUGCAGCACGGCAAUAGGCGACGAAUCGGAGAACUGGAGAGGAGCAUGUUGGACGAAUGGAAAUACCUUGUAGGAGGGUACUUCAGGCGAUUUAGACCCGCUCACUUCACUUACUACGGGGAAGACGAGUGCGGAAGCCGUGCAGAUAGCUCGACACCUGCGAAUAAGAAUGAGACAAAUAGCAGCGUCAGCAUUGAAGAAGUCAUGGAAUACGCUUUCCUUCGUGCGGACCUUGACUUUGUCUCUGCGCAAGCUUCGAAGCGUGACAGCGACGUUGUCCAGGCAGACAAACCGCUGAACGAAGACGAGAUCCUGGAGAAACCUAGUCGAACGCGAACGCCGCAGAUUGGAGGGCGUGAAAGGUUCAAGGGUGGAAGCACCUGCAGCGUUGCUAUGAUCUCAACUCCCACACCGAUACCUUUUUGGCACCCUUCUGCCCCGUCCUCCCUCCUCAUCUCUCACGUUGGCGAUACGAGGAUUCUCUUGUGCUCCACUGCCAGUGGCGAGGCUAUUCCGGUUACUUCUGUUCACCACCCGUCUUCACCUAUUGAGGGCAGUCGAUUGCGCAGAUAUGCGGCAACUUUUGUCACCGAUUCCUUCGGCGAAGAACGCAUGAGCGGAUUAGCAAACACUCGGGCUUUUGGGGACAUUCGGUCAAAGCGGAUCGGCGUUUCUGCAGAACCGGAGAUCAGACGGAUUGAAAUGGGACCUGCAGAGUACUCGUUUCUUGUGCUCAUGUCAGACGGAGUGAGUGAUGCUCUGUCGGAUCAGGAAGUUGCAGAUAUUAUCAAAGAGGCCAAAACCCCCGACCAAGGAGCCAAAGAUGUUGUGAACUUUGCUACGGAGGUGAGUGAUGUAGGCGAUAACGCGACCUGCUUGGUUGUACGCUUAGGUGGAUGGGAGCGUCGGCUGGAAGGCGGAUUGGGGAGCAUGGGUACGAAAGAGUCCCGGGACUGGAGAAGACAGGAGGCUACGGAUCCGCGCAGGUCACGGACGUGAACACGCCAGAUUCGAGAAGCAGUAGUAGAAUUUUGAAGUUUUUAUAUCUAUAUAGGUUUGCAUUGCAUUUUCCGGCUGCGGGGGCUUUAAAUUCCAGCAAUAGGACAGUCUGGGUGCUAGAAUUGGUGCAUAUUCUUUGAUAUUUCUGUACAUGGCCAGGUGCAAUUGCUAGUAACAGCAAUAAAAUGGUGGUAGUUUUGUUUGGGAACAAACAAUC